AUGUACCAUACUUUUGCCCAUCUCCUGAUCCACAUGGUGCUGCUUGGUCUGGUUCCCGUUUCUAACAUCCAUAUUUUGGAACACAUCUUGAUCUAUGUCAUGAUCCCUAUCGUGACGCCCUUCUCACCAACAGCAGCAAUGCUGGCGUUCAUAGUCCUUAUUGCCUUCCCGGUCCCCGCAGCUGGGGUCUUCAUCAACUUCGAGAACUGCUUGGAUGCCUCUAUCCGCGACCCGGGCGCUGGAACUUUGCACCUUCAGUUCACGCCAUUUUUCUUGGACGCCCGGUUCAAUACCUCCACAGAGAACUAUAACAUGAACAUCACAAUCUAUGGCAAUGUUUCUGGACAGGCGACCAUGGGACCGUAUCCUCCACCAGAUGACCCGUCUUGGAAGGACAACUCAUCUGAUUUCGGCAAGAUUGUGGACGAAAGCCCGACCAAUCCUAGACUUACCACCCUCUAUUCGACGUUCGAUGUAGCCAGCUACACGCCAUAUGCCGACAAGGGCAGUCAGUUCUGCUUGUCGACGAUCAACGUGUCUUGCCCUAUAGCUCCAUCUUUUGAUGGUAACGCUAGCGACCCGUAUUCACUUCCAGGGUACACUGUCGGCCACAACUUCCUCAGCUCAUACUCCUUCACGACCUUCGCUACCACAAUACGGGUUGAUUCUGGAGAUAAAGGCGCGCCUCACCUGGCUUGUGUUUCGGCCAAUAUUACUCCGGACCUAGGAAAUACAAUCUCGGACACGUUGACCUACCUACCUGCGGCCAUUUUAGCAUUGGUUGCCAUCGCAACAAUAUUCGCUGCCAUUUUCUGCCCAUGGGGCUCGUCCGACCCUUUCCGCUGGACGAGCAACUUUGGUCGCGACGAAGAUCUGCUGCGGCUGGUCACGCCUGGUUUUGGGGACUGUCUGCAGUAUAUUCAAUUUAUUGUUCUUGCCGGAAGCCUCAAUCUGGACUACCCUGGAUUCUAUCAGCCAGUUGUUAGCCAGGCAAGCUGGUCGGUACUACUGUUCAACCAGAGUCUUGUGAGCCAUGGCAACGGUUCAGAAAGCCUUGUGGACGGAAUCUACUUUGCCAACGGCACGUAUGGGCUCUCGCGUCUCGGCCAGCUCGUGGGAAUGACGGAAGAAAUAGACAUCUGGGCCGGCUUUACCGUUUGGCUAUUGGGUCUCAUCGCUGUUGUUGUCGUUAUUUGCCAGCUCGGCUUCCUGUUGCGCUUGCUUGUCCGCAGAAUAUCGCAUACUCAGGGGUCGGAUCUGCGCAGCAAGAAUUUGCCCUUUACAAGCGGUAACAUUGUGCGCAUCCUCCUCAACUACUUCCUGCUCCCAAUACUGGCGCUCUCCUUCUUUCAGCUUGUAGUUGCGCCUCACUCUCCAGCAUCGGUUGUAGCUGGAGCCGUCAUACUGAUCAUCUUUGUCACUUGCCUUGCCACCUGGAUAUCUUGGUUCAUCUUCACUACCCGGCCGCGCGCAUUUCUCUUCGAUGAUCUUCCCACAGUCUUGGCAUAUGGUCCGCUCUAUAACACGUAUUCGGAUGACGCGGCACCCUUCGCAUUCAUACCGGUCCUCGUAAAUACUAUUCGCGGAGUCGCAAUCGGCGCAAUACAGCCGUCAGGAAUUGCUCAAGUCAUAAUGCUCGCGAUUUCCGAAGUUAUCCUGAUUCUGACCCUUCACGCUUUCCGACCGUUUCAGUCAAACACCUCAAUGAACGCGUAUCAUACUUUCUUCUCGACGAUACGGCUCGCAACUACCCUUCUGAGUGUCGCGUUUGUACCUACGUUAGGAAUCUCGGAGGGGCCGAAAGGAUGGAUUGGAUAUAUAAUAUUGCUCCUCCACGCCUCCGUUUUGGUUUUUGGAUUCUUUCUUAAUUCACUCCAAACCUUGAUUGAGGUCGCUGCGAGGCUUGCAGGUGCUGGCGGUGAAUCAAGAGGCGGACUUAGUAAAGUAUUCGGAAUGCGAGAGCUCUCUAGACGCAACCGCCAUACCCAUCGGAAGAACCAGCGAAGCAGUCUGAACUCUACGGCCGCCAUGCUUUCGCCAGAAGUGGAUUCAAAGUCAAUUCAACUUAUGGGAGGUCGAUCAAGGAGCCUUUCUCAGAGUUCCGCUAUUCUGCUUAAUCAGCAGCUCACAGGCAGCCACCGCGGGAGUGUUGGCUUUGAUCAAUUUAGUCAAGGAGGCGACCUGAACGCGUUUGGAGCACCCAGCCCAACACCAGGCACGCCAGGCGGCGCAACUCCCUUCUCGUACCUUGGAGGUAGCUCUGCUCAAGGUUCUCGACGGCCCACUUUGGGUACAAACAUCGAGGCUAUGGACCCAUACUAUCGUCCACCCCGGGCCCGCCGACCGACGAACCCUAUCGAUCCCUUGGCACCUGGUAACCGGAGUCGAGGCUCAGCAGCUAGCGCUGACUUGGCAAAUACACCGUACGCGGAGUCUAUAGAUCUGGCUGAAGAAGGCGAUGCUGGAGAAGGACCAUCUAACUUUUCGCCCGGACGAAGCUCGAUUGCCCCUGCAUAUCUUCGCAUGCAUAGAGAGGACUCUGACCCGACUUUGAGUGAACACCGGAAGACUACGGACUACACUGUUCGCGAGUCGGAUUUCUACUACGGCAUUCGAGGACCUGCUCUAUCUACUCUUCCGACCCGUAAGCUCAAGACUGGGCCUGCGGAUCCCAUGGGACCUGUUUCCUCAGCCUCUGGCUGGUUCAAGACUCUGCUAGGUGGGAAGCGCAAGGAGAAGGGCAAGGGUUUCGAGGUCGUUAGGAGCACUAGAAUGCCUCCACAAAUGGUGCCUCUUGGCGAGGACGAGGAACCGGGGACGAGCCACGUGCCCUACCAAGACAGCCCUGAUGUUGAUGUUGAAGCGGGUACAGCUGCUAGUCCAUCCUUACACGAAGAGCGUGGCAGGGACCUAGGCGAUGUCGACAACCGCGAGCCGUCAAUUCUGGACAAUCAGUCUGGCUAUAGUGUGGACAGUGACGACGAUCCUUUCGAUUCUCACGCGAACCGAGUCUCCGAGAUUCCUCCCAUGUUGCAACCGAUUGAGACUGGAGGUGGUAUCGAACUCCCUAGUCGUAUUGGUUCCCGAGCCUCAAAAGCGUCGCGUGCUACCACUACCCACCGCGCUCCAACCAUCCCUCGUAAGAGUUCUCGACGUACUGCCUCAACUGACCGAGCCAUCUUGGAGCAGUCCCAACGACUAUCCACCGUUGUCGCGUCCCCUCCUGGAACUCCCGGUGUGCCUACUAUGUCGAUGCAGGUGCCCGCAGACCAACACCUCCAGCCGAACAUACUAACGCCUCGUCUACCGUUUGGGUCUUCGGACCCGUCGCCAGAGCGCACGCCAGGCCAUUCGGCCGCUUCGAGCCUUUACCCCAGAAGCGAGGGCACCGAUCCGGGACAGACACCCAGCAACUUGCUAGCACCUGCCGCUGUCAAUCCUCAGGGUGAUCGGCCUGUCAGCACCGGCUACGUCCAUCAGCGUAUUGCCAGCGACAGCAUCCAGCAGGGAGACUAUGACAUCGGUUCGCACUUAGAGAGCGCCGCAGAGCUCGUUGACGCCAGAUCCAGGAGCAUCAGUACCAACAGAAGUGGUCGCUCGUAAUCUUCUGCCACAGCCUGCCACUCCCACAAAACUUCUACUGGCCUUUUCCUUUUAAAUUCGAUGUAACCUUUUUGCCUAAUCCCCUAGCAUCUUUUAACCUGGCCUUUCUUUUUUCUGCUUUGGUCUUUUGUAUACUUGCUAUGAAGCGGCAACGAAUCUCUUUAUGUACAGCAAAAGUGGGCGGCAUCAUUCACCAUGGCGAAUUGGGCGCCUGGUUGGCUAGCUGUGUAAUGGAGUCAGCCUUCUGGUUGGGUCACGUUGCAUUGAAUCGGACGGGACGAUUCAUACUGGGUUGAAUAGCGUUGGCUUCAUAGAACUACUGCGACAUUGCAGAAGGUCUUGUUGGCUCAUCGCCGGUUUGGGUGUACUAUAAUAUGCAGUGCUUUUGAGCUUGGAUCCCAUGUUGGAUUCCUAAGUAAUCGAAAGCUUUGGUUGGAAAUACAAACCAAUACAGAUAAUGAAACUAGCAAACGUUCU